AUUCGUAUCACCAGUUCGAACACAUCAGUCUCCCCGUCUGGACACCCGUUCAAAAUCCAAAUCAAAAUUUCAAAUUUAUUCUCUAAAUUUUAGGAAGUGCGUGUGUUCGGGUACAAAAAUUACAAGUUUUUCCAAAAAUAUACAACGAAGUGUAGCAAAAAUUCACGUUUGGCAUCAGUGCUCGAGUUAAGGUUACCUCUUCCCGGGAAUAAUGGACAAGUCUGAUAAGUCCGACAAAAAUGAGAAGCCCGAGAAACCCUUAAAAAUAGCAGGAAACUUCCUGUACAUGUUCGAGUUCGUGGUGGACGACCUGCUGAUCACGCGCCAGAACCUCUGUGCUCCGGAGGAGUAUCCCACUUGCACGGAGAUCACGUUCCGGUCGUCGGUGUACGUGAAUCUCUGCGAUCGGGAGGUGGGCACCUGUGUUAACCCCUGCUCGCCCAAGUGCGGGAAGUGCGCCCUGUUCACCCUGGACUCGCCGAUCACGGACAAGGAUGUGCUGCAGGUGCACGUCUACAAAAAACGCACGGAGAGCUGCAAGUUCCUGAUAGGACUGUCGGAGCUGAAGGUGAAGCCGAUCUUCGACAGGGUCAAGGAGUCCUUCGACGCGGAGAAUCCCAACUGGGAGGGGGCCAUGCUGGGCCACAUCGCCCAGUUGCCCAAGAUGAAGGGGCCCAACAGCAAGGGUCUCCUGGACAACUGUGCCUGCUACGAGAAGUUGAACGAACGCCACGAGCAGUGGUGCCCCACCUCGGAGUUGUCCAAGCGGCUGCUGCCCCUCUUCAAUCUCUGCAAGAUGCAGACCGGCAAUAUAGUGCUGAUCCUCCGGUUGGUCUGCAAUGGUCCGGCCAUAGUGUCCACCUUUCCCUUCAGCAAAGUCUGCUCCCGCAAUCCCAAGUGCCCGGAGCCCUGCUGCGGACCCUGUGGACCCUGCCCUCCGCCUCCCUGCUGCGGGUCGUGUCCCCCUCCUCCCGGCUGUGGGCCACCAUGUCCGCCUCCCUGCGGUCCCUGUGGUCCGUGUGAUCCCUGUGAUCCGUGCGAUCCCUGCAGCCCCUGCUGCGGCGGAGGAACCGCCACCGGGGGACCCAUGGAGAAGAAGGGCUGCAAGGGCCCGUGCGCCCAGCCCCCCUGUCGUGAGUGUAAAAUGGUGGAUCCCUGUGCCAAGCGGUACGAACCGCCGGCCAAGUGCCUCAGGUACUACUCCUGCAACCUGGACAAGCUGUGUCCCUGCGAUUACUGCGAGGACGAGUUCGACAGGGAAUGUCCCACUGUUCCCACGAAGCGCUGUAACAUGUCGCCCAUCGAGCAAAAGCUGCAGAAAUGCGGUCCUUGCGGGGGAAUCCCGCCGUAUCCCCGUUUCAUCCAGGAGAAACUGGAGGCUGAACUUCUGGGCAAGCCGGACAAGGACAAGGAUGCCAAGAAGGACAAGGAUGGUAAAAAGGACAAGAAGGCAAAGGAUGGUAAAGACGCCAAGGGCAAGAAGAAGCGGCAGUCGGGAGGAGCCGUCUACUGCGUAGGGGAUCAUAACGGUCCCGCCGACGCGUACGAGGAAUGCGAUCCUGCCUGCGAAGGUGUCCUCCAGGCGACCCGGAAAAUGAGGUACAAGGAGCCCAGUGGUUCUGCAUGCCACGGUAGGGAGCAGGAGUACGAUAUGGCCUGCGAUGAAGCGCGAAAACGAGCUGUGCGGAAAUUGCGCCACUUACUGGUGAAGUACAAUAUCCAAAUUGAGAAUUGAAGGCCUUUGGAAUCGAGAU